ACCUCAAGGAUGGCAAAUACAUAUGGGCUCUCUGAUUUGGAUCUUUUGGACCUAGAUCUAGACGCUAAUUACGCUAAUUACUACGGCACUUUCAACCCUAACAGCGUAGCAGCAAAAGCACCCUGCGGAAUCGAUGUUAUGCCCCCUGUGUUCAAGUACCUAGUGGCAUUCAUCUAUGGCUUCACAUGCCUUCUGAGCCUGGUGGGAAACUCCCUGGUGGUUCUGGUGAUUGCCUACAACAAAGGAAACCGUUCUGCCACAGAUGUGUAUCUUCUGAACCUCGCCAUUGCUGAUCUCCUCUUUGCACUCACCUUGCCUUUCUGGGCUGCAGAUAGAGCGCAUGAAUGGAUCUUUGGCACUCCGAUGUGCAAAAUCCUGUCACUCCUGAAGGAAGUCAACUUCUACAGUGGCAUCCUCCUGCUGGCCUGUAUCAGCAUGGAUCGCUACCUGGCAAUAGUUCAUGCUACUCGGGCAGUCACUCAGAAGAGGAGCUGGGUCAGAUUCGUGUGUGUCGGCAUCUGGCUGUUCUCCUUCCUCCUCUCCCUUCCUGUAAUUAUCUUCCAUGAGGCUUUCUUGCCAACUGAGAAGAUGAAAUGGGUUUGUUAUGAAAAUAUUGGAGGGAAUCAGACAUCUGACAUUAGGGUGAAACUGAGAAUCCUGCCACAAACGUUUGGCUUCAUUCUUCCCUUGAUCAUCAUGCUCUUCUGCUAUGGUGUGACGGUACACAGACUCUACCACACCAAGAACAGUCAAAAAAAGAAGGCCAUGAAAGUCAUCUUGGCUGUGGUGCUGGUCUUCCUGGUCUGUUGGCUGCCCUACAAUAUUUCUCUGCUUGCUGAUACCUUGAUGAGGAUGGCAGCUAUUGGUGAAAGCUGCGGCCGCCACCGCAGCAUUAAUGCAGCCCUUUCAGGUACUGAAAUCCUGGGAUUUGCUCACAGCUGCAUAAACCCCAUCAUAUAUGCCUUCAUAGGGCAGAAGUUCCGGAACAACUUCCUCAAGAUCCUGGUAACAAAAGGCCUCAUCAGCAAAGAAGCCUUGACUCGAUUUAGAAAGGGUUCCUCCUUCUCAUCCACCUCUGGCAUCACCUCUACAACUCUUUAAUAGGCUGGGGGGCGGGGAGAAAAAAGAAAGGGAGGAAAGGACUGCUCAAGACAGAGUAUGUCCCACCACUGUUAUAGUGAAGGUCUUUGUAGGCUUCAAGAAUCAGGUUCAAAGAUGAUACCUCUGAAAUGCUAAAAAAAAACCACCAACCACUGUUUUCCCCAAUAUUAGUGGAGAUUCAGUAGUGCUUAUAUAGAGUGCCUUAUAAACAAUGUCCAAUCAAUCUCCUGUUCUCUUACCACCAUUCUGUCUAAAGCAGAAUGCUGUGACAAAACUUUGAGUGGAUGUAGUCAUCAAUUUAAUAUGUGGUUAAAUAAAAAUGUGAUAUAUAGAGAGUAAGCAAACUACAUUCCCUUUCUACCUUUAAUUCAUUGUUUUAUAGA